AUGGCCCGCUCGCCCGUGGAAGCGGUUUGGCUGUUGAUUCGCUUCAUCGCCUCGUCGCUCCAGGCCCCGAAGCCCCACCGCAACGCUAGCCCCGAUUUUAGAUGGAAACCAUCUUUGGCCAUGAUACCGCGAGCCGCUGAGAACAGCAGACAGAACACAAGCAGACAGUCUUGUGCCAGAUUGUUUGCUCUCUGUGAACGCUCGCUGUGUUCUGCGUCUGGUCGCCGUCUGCUCACGGGUCGUCUUGGUCAAGCGAGCAGGAACACCGAGGAGCAGCUCUUUGCUGGAGCUCGACUCGAUCGCUCCUACUCCAUGCUACGACGCACCCGCUACAGGCGGCGACAGUCGAGGAUCCACGGACUUGUCUGUCAGCCUCACACGCUUUUGUCGCUGCCGCACUUCGUCUUUUCGUGA